CACUACUUCUGCGCUCCCGCUCCCCUUCGUCCUUUCAUCUUCGACGGAUUGGUCCUCUGGCUGCUAUUUCUAUUCAGUACCCUUGGAAUAUCUGCAUCUGAUUUCUUCACUCCGAACCUCGCCACCAUUGCGACCUUCCUAGGUCUUGAUGAGAAUGUCCGUGGC